GAUUAUGUUGUAGACUCGAGUAAGGGAGGAGGGAAGAGGGGUGGACAUGUCGGGGUUGUCACUGGGGAACCGAGGUUGACUCCACUUUAAAUCACACACAGCUCCGGCGGACCUUCACUCCGUGCAUCCUCCCCUUCGUCCUCUGACGAGCUCCUCUCUCCUCCUCUCUUGUCGCUUCUCUCUUUUCUAGCUCCUCAGAGCCCUUCGCAAUCUAUUUUCCCCCCCACUUGACUGACGCCCGAAAGCCCGACAGACCCGACGCCAUGGAGGCCAUCAAGAAGAAGAUGCAGAUGCUGAAGUUGGACAAGGAGAACGCCUUAGACCGGGCGGAGCAGGCUGAGACGGACCAGAAGUCGGCGGAGGAGAAAUGCAAACAGCUGGAGGAUGACCUGCUGGCUCUGCAGAAGAAGCUGAAGGGAACAGAAGAUGAGCUGGACAAAUACUCGGAGGCUCUGAAGGACGCUCAAGAGAAACUGGAGCUGUCGGAGAAGAAGGCCGCAGACGUGAGUUGGCCUGAUGUGAUGCCACCCGAGGCGUAUUUUCCACAUGAGGGAACGCAGAGUUGUGGUAUCAAUAGCCACGUUUGCAGAGGGCCUCAGAGUAAAAGUAUCCAAUGUGAAUGCAGAUGCCUGACUUGAAACAGAGGCUCUUGG